AUUGUCGUCGAGCAACAAAAUUCUCGCCGUGUCUGACCUCCAGGAAGAAAGCUCGAAUUCAACCAACUUUUCUCUUUCAUUUCUUGCGAAUCACCAACGACAAUGACCGAGGCAGCUGGCGCCGUCAUCGGUAUCAACCUGGGUCAAUCCUACGGCUCGAUUGCAUGCAUCAACCAGCACGGAAGGGCCGAUGUCAUUGCCAACGAGGACGGCGAGCGGCAGCUGGCGACGCGCAUCGCCUUUGACGAGGACCAGGUCUACAUUGGCAACCAGGCCACGCCCCAGCUCGUGAGGAACAGCGUCAAUGUCAUUGACAAGUUUGUCAACCUCCUUGGCCGGAGCUUCUCGGAACUCUCAGAGGACGACAAGCGGCGAUCUUCGUCGCCCGUCGUCGACGUCAAUGGCGUGCCGUCUUUCCGGGUCCACAUCAACGGCAAGGAGGAGGUCCUCUCGGCGCACGACGUCGCCGUCCGGUACAUUCGCUCCCUCUUCCUCACCGCCAAGGACUUCCUCUCGGGCGUUCCCAUUGCCGGCGCUGUCCUGAGCGUGCCUUUGAACUUUGCGCCCAAGCAAAUGACUGCGCUCAAGGACGCUGCCACCGAGGCCGGCCUCAUUGUCCUCCAGCUGGUCCCUGCUCCCGGUGCUGCACUCACGGCGUACGGCCUGACGAGCCCGCAGGGCGACCAGCUGCCCAAGCACCCCGACGGCGAGGAGGGACAGCCAUAUCUGCCCGGUGCCCAGCUCGACCGCACCGUCGUUGUCGUCGAUGUCGGCGGUACCUCGUCGAGCGUGUCCCUGCUGCAGGCCAGCGCGGGUCUCUUUACUCUCCUGGCGUACGACGUCAACGCGUCUGUGGGUGGUGCGACGAUCGACGAGGCGUUGGUCAGCUACCUCGCCAAGGAGUUCACCAAGAAGACCAAGGUGCCCAUCGAGGAGUCGAACGCGCGGGCGUGGGCCAAGCUGAGGAACGAGGCAGAGGUGACAAAGAGGAGCCUGAGCGCAAGCAACACGGCCCAGUGCAGCAUCGAGUCGCUCGCCGACGGCGUCGACUUCAGCAUGUCGGUCAACCGCAUGAGGAUCGACCUGCUGAGCAAAAAGGUCUGGCAAGAGAUUGAGAAGCUCAUCACGGCCGUGCUGGGCAAGAAGGCGCUCCAGGCCGCCCAGGUCGACGAGGUCAUCCUCGUCGGCGGCACCUCGCGCCUCCAGGGACUCAAGGACCACCUUGGCGCCAUCUUCCCCGAGUCGACGCACCUCACCGACUCGGUCGAUGCGGACCAGGCUCUCGCCAGGGGCUGCGCCGUCCACGCCCAGGCGAUUGCCACGACGGACGAGGGCUCCGUCGAGCGCAAGCACCUCAUCAACCUCGGCCUGGACAAGUCAGAGAACCUGAAGGAGCUCAAGGUGCAGUCGACGACGAAGCCCGUCGGCAUCGUCGUGCCCGCGCCCGCCAGCCUGGCCAACGGCGUGUCGUCACCAGAAGACGAGGCACUGAAGCGCAAGAUCGACGAUGGGAAACUCUUUGUCACCGUCGUUCCGUCCAAGACACCCCUUCCCGCCCGGAGGGCAUUCACGCUUGUCGCGCCCAAGGACGGCUUGGCGCUCGUCAGCCUGUUUGAGGGCGACGAGAGCGUGCGCAAGGACAAGGUCGAGAGGACAAAGGACGAGGACGAGGAUGAUGAUGACCUCGAUGACGAUGAGGACCUCGACGAGGAAGACAAGUUUGUCGAGGUCGAGACCGUCGUCGUGAAGCCGUCAAAGGCACUCGGUGACGUUGUUGUGCCAAGGGAGAAGGUCUCCAAGGACGGAAAGGUCAGGGUGGAAGUCAGAGUCGAUGUCGAGGGGAAGAUCAAGGUGCUUGUGGGGCAGGACAAGGAGCAGGCCUUGACCUCGUCGUAAGACACAGAGAGAGCACACCAUCACCUUUGUGCACACCAUGAAACUCUUUAAAAAAAUGGGAUAGAUGACCACACGCCAAAUGCUUUCAUAUUUGUUGUCUAUUGAGAGGUUUGAAGCGGGUAAG